ACUACACCGACCAGUGGGAGAGGUGGUGGAAGAACCCGCAGCAGGUUGAGCUCUACAACUUCAUGGCCAAGGACAACGUCCCCUUCCACAGCGUCAUCUUCCCCUGCUCGCUCCUGGGCGCCGAUGACAACUACACCCUGGUGAACCACCUCAUCGCUACAGAAUAUCUGAACUACGAGGACGGGAAGUUUUCCAAGAGCCGGGGUGUGGGAGUUUUUGGGGACAUGGCCAAGGACACGGGCAUCCCUGCGGACAUCUGGCGUUUCUACCUGCUGUACCUGCGGCCCGAAGGGCAGGACAGCGCCUUCUCCUGGAGCGACCUCAUGCUCAAGAACAACUCGGAGCUGCUGAACAACCUGGGCAACUUCAUCAACAGAGCCGGCAUGUUUGUGUGCAAGUUCUUUGGGGGUGCUGUCCCCCCCAUGGUCCUGACAGCGGAUGACAAGAGGUUCUUGGCCCGUGUCACCUUAGAGCUGCACCAGUACCACCAGCUGCUGGAGAAAGUCCGCAUCCGUGACGCCCUGAGGUGUAUCCUCAGCAUCUCCCGCCACGGCAACCAGUACAUGCAGGUGAACGAGCCCUGGAAGCGGAUCAAGGGGGACGAGAAGGACAGGCAGCGGGCGGGCACGGUGACCGGCGUGGCGGUGAACACGGCCUCUCUGCUGGCCGUCAUGCUGCAGCCCUACAUGCCCAGCGUCAGCCUGGCCAUCCAGGGGCAGCUCUGCAUCCCCCCGGGCUGCUUCGUCCUGAGCCACAGCUUCACCUGCACCCUGCCCCCCGGGCACCGCGUCGGCACCGUGAGCCCCCUUUUCCAGAAGCUGGAGAAUGACCAGAUCGAAGCCCUGCGCAAGCGCUUCGGGGGAGGGCAGGUGAGUGGGGGCUGCGGUGCCCCUCGCGGGUCCUCCACUUUGGGCACCUCCUGGCCUCUUCAGCUCUGCUUUCUGCUUAUCCAGGAGCUGACAGAGGAGGGGGCCAAGCAGGGCAACCACGUUCGGCAGCUGAAGGCCAACAAGGCAGAGAAAGCCCAGGUUGACGUGGAGGUGGCCAAACUGCUGGAGCUGAAGAAGCAGCUGGCACUAGCGGAGGGCAAAAGCCCUGAAGUCCCUGUGCCCAAGGGGAAGCGGAAGAAAUAG